CUUUAUCUAGAUGCAAGAAUCUGAGUUCAAAUGUUGAAGGAAAUAUUUCUACCGGAAUGUUGCAUCCGUUCACAAUCAGGAAUAUUGAUUGGUGCUUCAAAUGAUGACGACACUGUAUUAUAUGUUGUUGCCGUUGUACACUUUCCCGUUACACCAAAGAGUUUGAAUGCUUACCUUUCUAAAUAUGAAAAACUGCAUGAUACUGUCAAACUACGUCCCUUGGGAACUUGGAUUUCUAAUGAAUCCAAGGAGAAACAUGAAUUUGAACAUAUACUACCAAAACUCUUUGGACAAAAGACAUGGAUUUCCAUAAAGAUGUCAAAAAACAGUGAUGAUGAAACCGUUUUUACAGCUGAGGAUCUUGAAAUACAAAAUAUCAGUGCAUCAUCGAUAUUAUUAACAAAUCAAUAUGUAAAAACUAAUGCAGAUGUUACGGCAGUAAUUUACAACCAGAAAGACAUCUGGGAUGGUGAACUUUGCUCAGAUUCGUUUUUGAAUGUACACAAUUCCAAUGGUUCUAUUGAAAAUUUGUUUGUCUUGAUUUCUGCCUGCAAAAAUGGGAUUCUUUCAUAUGAAUAUGGAAUAAAUUCAAAUGAUGGCGUUCAUGUAACACACUGCUGCAUGCAAAGGGAACUCAGCAUUAUAAUUUACCUGCUAACAAUAUUUAUCACUGUGCUACUUGGCUCUAUACAUCUCCCUUUGUACUACUUCAAGAAAAUAUAUUCAGGUAUUUACAAGUCAAAUACCUGGAUCCAACGUAUAUGGCAGAGUAUAACUGAGUUGUCUAGCUUACUUUCUCAUGCAGAAAGGAGGUUUUCGCAAUUUGAAGAGAGCAUUAUGCACUUGUUUGGAAGUCGAAAAAAAGUAUUUGAUUCUCACAAUAAGUAUGAAGAUAAAGACAUACUUAGUACAAUAUUCGUGGACAUGAUUUUUGGCGUGGGUUUGUUAGGGAGUCUGUAUUAUUUUGAUUUUCUGCCUUCCACAAGAACUACAAAACAAGCCUUUUUACCUUAUGUGGAGUCGAUAGCGAAUCAGGUUGAAGAAUUGAUUGAAUGGUUAAUGGGGUUUCCAGCCGGCUUGAAAUUGAACCAUCCACUAAACCAAUUCUUGGGUCAUUUUUUCCUCUAUCAUGUUCGAUUGUGGCUGGAAUAUUCGAAAAUGAUGAUGGAAUUCAUUCCUUAUCUGAUCACAUAUUGUUUGAUGACAUCUUGUUUGGGAUUGUCUUUUCUCCUUUCUAUCAUCGCUGAUGCAGUUUCGACUUUGAGCUUUCAUGUUUAUUGUUUUUAUGUCUAUGCUGGACGUCUGUAUGGUCUUCAAGUGGCCGGUCUGAUGUCACUUUGGAGGCUUUUUAGAGGGAAAAAAUGGAAUCCACUAAGGAAAAGGGUUGAUUCAUUAGAAGAAUCUGGACAACGAGCUGACCAACUGUUUGCCGGAACUCUUUUAUUUACAGUAUUACUCUUUCUAUUACCCACAACAGCUCUGUACUACGGAAUAUUUAUGUUGUUGCGUGUUGCUGUGCUAGCUAUUCAGGUUGCUAUCAGUGGAGUAGUUUUCAUAAUAUCAGAUUUUCCAUGGUAUUCGAUGUUUGUUAGAAUCUUCCAACCUCAGAAAUUUAUCAAAUCUAUGAAAUGUUCCACGCUCCUGCGCAAUGGAGAUAAACUGAAGUAUAAAGCGGAUCAAGUGAUGAUAGUACGCAUGGGAAUUCAGCCCCAACCUAUCAGUACAGUCAUAACCACUGCACUAAGUGGAAAAAGAUUACCAUCAGAAAAAUUUCCUGGAUUUAGGUCCUUUUUAGGAAAAUUAAUUUUUGGUGAAUUAAUAAGGUGGACCUAAUAUUCAUCUGGAUAUAAAAGAUGACUCGAGGUUUUUCGCAGACGAAAAAUUCUUGCAACAUUGCUGCAAAUUUUUUUUGUAAAGCUUCAUGUGUGCUGAAUUUGUCUGAUAAAGCAUUGUUACCAUGCGGCUUUAACAGGAGUUACCGACUCAACAAAUAAAUUAUCUUUGCUGUUUUAUCUUGCUCA